AUGGCACAAUCCAUAGCAGACACAUGGAAGUCCUUCUGGCACACAAUGACUUCGUAUGACCGCCACGCUUCCCACAACUCGCCCUAUCGCACUGGCCGACACAUUCCACUGCCCCAGAGCCGUCAUGCUCCCCUUACCAACGUCGCGACCACCGGCGCAGAAUCCCGAGUCGAUCUUUCCUCGCCCUACACACACGAAGAGCCCGCCAUGAGCAACGGCUUCAUUGGCUCGCCCAAAGGCCCGCUUUCCCCAACCUCGCCCUACUCACCUGGCAUGCGUUCCACCUUGAGCCGCCAAGCAACUGCCGACUCGGAGACCUUCGAUAAGGGCGCCAAUGGCGAAAUUCAGAUGCGCGACUUCAACGAGGGGCUUCCUCCGGCCCCGCCAGUCGGCCACUCGUGGCGGCGCAUCGACCGCUGGGUUGAGGACAAGUACGAAGAGCUUUUCGACAAUCUCUGCGAAGGCGCAACUGCCAACGACGUCAACGAGCUUGAACACGAGUUGGACGCUACGCUCCCCAUCGAUGUCCGUGAGUCACUGCAAAUCCACGAUGGCCAGGAGCGCGGCGGUCUCCCAACCGGCAUCAUCUUCGGAUGCAUGCUGCUUGAUUGCGAAGAAAUCGUCAUGGAGUGGCAGAAUUGGCGGAAGGUCGCUGAGGAUUAUCUCUCCCCCAAACCAGACCAUAGGGCGACGCCCCAGAUACCGGUCAAAGCUUUUGCAGGGUCCUCCACUGCACCGCCCGUUGCACAAGUCCAGCAGUCCAGCAACCCGCUGUGGCGACAAGACCUGCUCGCUCGCCAGGAUUCUCAGCCGCCAAACGCUGUGCAGAAGGCCUAUGCCCACCCCGCUUGGAUCCCGCUCGCUCGCGACUGGGGAGGCAACUACCUCGCUACCGAUCUCGCUCCCGGCCCCACAGGUACUUGGGGACAGGUCAUCAUCUUCGGGCGCGACUACGACUGCAAGUAUGUUGUGGCUCGCUCGUGGGGCGCCCUGCUUGCUAUGGUAGCAGAUGAUCUUAGCACGGAUAAGGUUCACAUCGACGAAGACAGCGGUGAGCUGAAGCUGUUGGAAUUUAAGCGACAGAACGUGGAGCCGCCUUAUCUGGAGAUCCUCCGCUGGCGCACCGAUCAGAAGUAUGGCCGGCGCCAGCCGAAGAAGCGGCCCAACAGCACGCUUCGCGUCAACUCCAACGCUCCUGCAGCGGCAGGUCCCAGUAGCGCCGGUAGCAGCCCGUACGGUAGCCCCGUCAUUGGACCUGAGGACCGUGGCAGAAGUCCCCAUCGAAUGUCGCAAAAGCCUAAGAAGAAGGGCGCCAGUCCUAUGUCCAGCCCGUUGGCAAGAGUUGCUGAAGAAGGCCCGCAGCCAAUUCGCAUCGAGACCAACAUUGACGCUAAAGCCGGUCUGCCUAUGGAGAAGCUGAUUUCAGUGGACACUCCCCGACCGAGCGACGACUUCCCGCCGGUCAGGCAGAGCUUCGGCAGUGACAAGGAGAACAAGAAGGAGUCGAAGCCGUCGUCGUUGAAGAGCCCAGUGGCAGCGGAAGGACCUGAACUCAAGACAGUUGAGUUAUAG